CAAGGCUACAGGUGCCUUUAUUUCCACUGCACGCUGGUGCUGGGAGCGCCUGCCUUCUCUUGCCUUGAAAGCCUCCUCUUUGGACCUAGCCACCGCGGUCCUCACGCCAUGGGCACCACACCUGUUAUUGCUGCCUCUGAUUUGUGUUACGCUGAGAAGCCCACAGGCCUGUCCCUCCAACUGGGUGGACCCUCUCUGUGUGCAUUUGGUGUGUGAGCCAGCUCUGAGAAGGGUUCAGAAGCCACCGGAGGCUCCCGGGGACCUCAGCUUCCAUGCCAUCGCUGCCUCACUCCCACAGGGUGAUGUUGGACUCGGUGACGCACAGCACCUUCCUGCCUAACGCAUCCUUCUGCGAUCCCCUGAUGUCGUGGACUGAUCUGUUCAGCAAUGAAGAGUAUUACCCCACCUUUGAGCAUCAGACAGCCUGCGACUCGUACUGGACGUCAGUCCCCCCUGAAUACUGGACUAAGCGCCAUGUGUGGGAGUGGCUUCAGUUCUGCUGCGAUCAGUACAAGCUGGACACCAAUUGCAUCUCCUUCUGCCACUUCAACAUCAGCGGCCUGCAGCUGUGCAGCAUGACACAGGAGGAGUUCGUCGAGGCGGCCGGCCUCUGCGGGGAGUACCUGUACUUCAUCCUCCAGAACAUCCGCACACAAGGUUACUCCUUUUUUAAUGACGCUGAAGAGAGCAAGGCCACCAUCAAAGACUAUGCCGAUUCCAACUGCUUGAAAACAAGUGGCAUCAAAAGUCAAGACUGUCACAGUCAUAGUAGAACAAGCCUCCAAAGUUCUCAUCUAUGGGAAUUUGUACGAGAUCUACUUCUAUCUCCUGAAGAAAACUGUGGAAUUCUGGAAUGGGAAGAUAGGGAACAAGGAAUUUUUCGGGUGGUUAAAUCAGAAGCCCUGGCAAAGAUGUGGGGACAAAGGAAGAAAAAUGACAGAAUGACGUAUGAAAAGUUGAGCAGAGCCCUGAGAUACUACUAUAAAACGGGAAUUUUGGAGCGGGUCGACCGAAGGUUAGUGUACAAAUUUGGAAAAAAUGCACACGGGUGGCAGGAAGACAAGCUAUGAUCUGCUCCAGGCAUCAAGCUCAUUUUAUGGAUUUCUGUCCUUUAAAACAAUCAGAUUGCAAUAGACAUUGGAAAGGCUUCUUUUUCUUUUCUUUUUUUUUUUUUUUAACCUGCAAACAUGCUAAAAUUUCUCCACAUCUCAGCUUA